GUUACUGAAUCUUACCGAAGGAAGAAGUGUACCCAUCAUCACAAGCAGCAGAACGACCAGCUUUGCGGCACCGUACUGAAAGAGGUAUUGACAGAAUCAAGAGGCAUCAUGAGCUCAACUCCAGUAACAGAAACUAUGAAUCACACCAUAAUCCCGAGUUUGCCUCCAACAUCUUGCAGAGAUGCAACAUGUAUUUUCUUUGCCAUAGCAAAUGUGAUCAUCUUAGUCCUGGGUGUUGCUGGAAACGGUUUCGUGAUCUGGAUUGCAGGGUUUAAGAUGAAGAAGUCAGUCAUCAGCACCUGGUACCUGAGCCUGGCCAUGUCUGAUUUCCUGUUUUGCUGCACCUUGCCCUUUGGUAUCGUCUAUGCAGUCAAAAAGGAGUGGGUCUUUGGGCACUUCAUGUGCAAGUUCAGGUAUUUCAUCAUGUUCAUCAACAUGUACAGCAGUGUCUUCCUCCUCGUCAUCACCAGUGUGGACCGCUGUGUGGUCGUCAUGUUUCCGGUGUGGGCUCGAAACAAGCGCACCGUGAGAAAGGCCUCAGUGAUUGUCAUUCUAGCUUGGAUCAUGUCAGCAGCACUUAGCGUGCCAAUGGCCAUUUUUCAUAAUCAAAAAGAGAAGUUCGCUGGUAACCACGUGAAGAGAAUAUGUCACAGGAAUUACAUAACAUAUCAAAACCAAAUUGCUGUAGUGGCAAGCCGGUUUGUUUUUGGAUGUCUGAUCCCGUUCUUGAUCAUUAGCGCCUGUUGUGUUGUCAUCAUUCAAAAGCUGAAGUCCAACCAGAUGGUGAGAUCCAAAAAGCCAUUCAAAAUCAUGAUGGCGCUGAUUGCCACAUUUCUGAUCUGCUGGCUGCCUUUUCACAUUUUUUCUUUUUUGGAAAUGAAGUAUUCCAAUCGUUUUGUUAACUCUGGAAAGCUAUAUGGCAUUAUUCUCGCCAGUGCCAACAGCACUUUGAACCCGAUUCUGUAUGCGUUCAUGGGGAAGGACUUUAAGAAGCAGUGUUAUGCACUUUUGUCAAAAAUUGAAAAUGCAUUUCAGGAGGAAGAGGGCCAUGACACAGUCCAAGGGACAGCUUUUACCACGUCAGAGGAACACAAAGUUUCAGCUACUGUUCAUUAACUGUGUUUUACCCCAAAAGCCAUUUAAUUCAUUCAAUUCAUUCUUUAGUUAUUGCAGUAAUGCUGCAUUUAAAACCUUCAGUUUUUGCUGAAUAAUCUUUGCUUCAUGAUGGAUGAGGGAUCUUGAAAACUUUACAGUGGACAAUGUUAUUCUGCUCCACAAGU